GUGAGUGCAGGACCAAGAGUAUUCUGCAUGCAGAGGUUUGCCGUGGAAAGUCUAAGAAAUGAUAAAGUUGUUAGGUCACAUCAUUUCAAGCUUGAAAAGCUAAAGGUGCUGAGAAGUUCUAGUAGGAGGCAAUUCAGUUUCUUUGCCACUGCAGAGGACCAGUUGCCCAACAGUGAGCUUGAGGAAGAUGUUUCUGUGCAAGAAAGUGAACAUCCUAGUGUUGAAUACAUUGCCUCUGUCAGUAGUUCAAAUGCCCAACUUGAAGGUGCUGGUGGUAAGCCUGGGGUACUAUCAUUCUACAAUCGUCCUUACAGAAGGGAGGAGAAAAUCCUUGUGUCCACUGCUGCAAAGAACGAGAACAUUCUACUAUGGUUUGUCGGUCCAGCUGUCCUUGUAGCCUCUUUCAUCUUUCCCUCGCUUUAUUUGCGCAGGAUAUUAUCAACUAUAUUUGAGGACUCUUUGUUAACUGAUUUCCUCAUCUUGUUCUUCACAGAGGCUCUCUUUUACUGUGGAGCAGCAGUGUUUCUUCUCCUAAUAGAUCGUUUAAGGAGACCGCUUGAGCUAAUAUCUUCUGACAGGAAAACUAUGCCACCACUCGUAUAUAGAAUAUCUUCAAUUUCUGUACUAGCACUUAGUCUAAUAAUUCCAAUGGUGACCAUGGGGCUUGUCUGGCCAUGGACUGGUCCUGCAGCUUCUGCUACUCUUGCCCCUUAUCUUGUUGGUAUUGUUGUGCAAUUUGCUUUUGAACAGUACGCAAGAUAUAUUGACUCGCCUUCAUGGUCUGUUAUCCCAAUUGUUUUUCAGGUUUACAGGCUGCAUCAGCUGAAUAGGGCUGCACAACUAGUAACAGCCCUUUCUUUGACUGUAAGAGGAGCUGAGAUGACUGCACAGAACUUGGCAAUAAAUGGCUCAUUGAGCGCACUUCUAAAUGUCCUUCAAUUUCUUGGGGUAAUUUGUAUUUGGUCCCUUUCUAGCUUCAUCAUGAGAUUUUUCCCUUCUGCUACAAUGGCUGAGGGGUAAGACAUGGUUCUUGGUCCCGCACUAAAUACUCUGGAAGAGUCUGCACAUGCAUUCUUCUGGUCAAUUGUUUGCCAAUGCCACAGGUCUUUUGUGGUUGCGGCAGUUAUUUCUUCAGAUGGUCCCUGUUGUUGACUUGAUCUUUGUUGAAUGUGUAAGAACAUGAGCAUGGAAGCCUCUCAAACAUGUUUCACGCUUGCAGAAAAACUCUUGGCAAAUGAAGAAACGCGAAGGUGCAGGGCUGCUAAUCAUAUUGUCACCUGUUCUGUUUUUAUUCAAUAGGAUGAGAAUUUGGACAGCACGCACAAAGGAGUUUUACUUCAUGGUUCUUUCAUGUACAGUUUAAAUUUUAUAAUGGGUAUCUUCUGCAAUUGCAAGUAGAUUGCUAGACUACCAUAGUAAUCAUUGUUUUACAUAUAUUGUAUCCAAAUAGAUUUGCAAUUGCAUGUAUUUAACUCUUUGACUCGCUUCUCCUA